CUUACGUACAAAUUUCUCGGAUUCCUUUUCUUUUCAAUUCUUCCCCCCCUCUCUCUCUCUCUCUGUCUGUCUCUCUCUCUCAAUCAAACCCAUCAAUGGCAGCAGUAGUCACAAAUAUCGGCAUUGUCGACCACCAGUUACCGGAAGACACCCACAACCUCUACGACGUAACCCUGUUCACCGAUCGAAUCAAAACACUCGUCACUCGGUCUCCCUUCCUGGUUGACUCCUGGAUCUCCGAAAUCACAGCCAUCCAUCGACGCCGACUCCACCGCCUCAUCGUCGGCCUCGACAUCGAGUGGCGACCCAACGACCGUUACAGUGAUAACCCCGCCGCCACUCUCCAACUCUGCGUGGGCCGCCGAUGCCUCAUCUUCCAACUCCUCUACUCCCCUGAAAUCCCCCAAUCCCUCAUCGACUUCCUCAACAACCCUAUCUACACUUUUGUGGGUGUGGGUAUUAACAGCGAUGUCGAGAAAUUGAUCGAGGAUUAUGGGUUGUCUGUGGCGACUACUGUUGAUCUUCGCACCUUGGCGGCAGACUGCGGCAUGACGGAGCUUCGCAAUGCGGGGUUGAAGACCAUGGCGAGAGAGGUUCUGGGGAAGGUGAUUGAGAAGCCGCAGAGGAUUACGAGGAGUAGGUGGGACAAUGAGUGGCUCUACCCUGAACAGGUACAGUAUGCUUGCAUUGAUGCUUUUCUUUCUUUUGAGAUUGGAAGGUGUUUUAAUGCAUCUGAGUAUUAGAUAUUGGAAGAGUAUCGUGGUUUUUUUUUAGAUUUGUAAUCUGAAUGGGGUUGGGGUUUGAUGGAGAUUUACUAUGGUUUUGUUUAUAUUGGGAUCUCUGUUUGAUGGAUUUGGAUGGUGGGUUUUGUUUACUAUAUGAUUUGCAAUUUCGAUAUGUUUGAUGAUUACGUGAUA